AAGCUGGGUGGACUUGCCCAAUCAAAAGGCAUCAGAUACUUCCUCGGCUUCCACCGGAGUUGAUGCUCCUUUGCGAUGCUGCUGUUCUCGACGGAGGAUAAUUGACAGAAGCAUGAGAAACCUGAAGCAGAUUUUUUUUGUUUAAAGACAGUAGUGCUUGAAUUUUCCCUCACUUUGAUAUUCUGGAACACUUGAUAGGUCUUGCAUGUAAACACAGAAGAUCAAUAAUUAGUGGACAGUGGAAGGCCAACGUCUUAUUCAGAUUCCAGAAGACAUGGCUCUGACAGUUGAAACCGAAUCUCGGAUUUACCACUCUCUCAGGACUGUCUUUGGUGCAACCGCACACCUGGUUUCUCUUGGAUUCACCAUUGUUAUGGUGGUACUCACCAGACCUGGAUCAAGUUUGUUCUCCUGGCAUCCUUUCUUAAUGUCUCUUGCGUUUUCCUUCCUGAUGACAGAGGCCCUGCUGACUUUCUCUCCAGAGAGCUCCCUCCUCCGGUCCUUCUCCCGCAAGGCCAAGGUCCGCUUCCAUUGGGCUUUACAGCUGCUUGCUCUCAUCUGUGCAUUGCUGGGAUUGGCCAUUAUCAGCUAUAACAAGUACCUCAAUGGGAAAGAGCACUUUGUCACCUGGCACGGCCAGACUGGCUUGCUGACAGUGGUAUAUGCUAGCCUGCAGUGCAUGGGUGGGCUCGCCCUGCUCUAUCCCAAACUGAUGAAGAACUGGACCCUUACUAAACUGAAACUGUACCAUGCCACAUCAGGGCUGAUUGGGUAUCUUCUUGGUUGUGCCAGCUUGAUGCUGGGCAUGUGUUCCCUGUGGUUUUCCACAACUGUGACUGGAAUCUCCUGGUAUCUAAUUGUGCUGUGCCCUAUUCUCACCAGUUUGGUUAUCAUGAACCAAGUGAGCAAUGCUUAUCUCUACCGUAAAAGAAUCCAGCCUUGAAAACAGUCUUAAAACAAGACAUCUGUGUGGGAUCCCAGAGGCAUUUCUGCAUUAUCUGGAAGGAAUCCAUAGCUAUAUACAGGAGUACUGGAACUCAAGAAUCUCUUUCUACCUGCCUCUAACUUUGUAUGGAUUUUUUUAAAAUUGCUUCAAUUUUUCCAUAGCAGAGAUCCCUAUGCUGUUGAACAAAGUUUCUUGCAAUCCCAUUGCUAGAACUAUAAUAAUUAUUAGUAUUGUAUAAGAACCCAACUUUUCUCUACUGGUACUCCUUCACCCCUGAAUGAAAUCAGUGGUUUAAAUUAUUCUUGAUUGGCCAGGUGCAUCUAUGAUUGUAAAUCUAACUUGCUGUAACUUCUCUUCGAGAUUAGUGCUCAGUUCUAAGGCAUGGGCAUUUUUAAACUUCCUCUUUGAAAGGAUGGCUUUUAUUCAAUGUACUCAGUUUUUGUUUGCAUUGAUGGUCAAUUCUUCCUCUUUUUUUUAAAGUCACAUGCUAUGUGAGGGUACAGCAUAUCCAGCUAUAUUAGCUAAAUCGUAUGUGCUGAUCAAGGGCUAAUAAUAUAUUUUACAUUUUUAAAAAAAAUAGAAUUGUUUUGUGCAGAUGGAAAAUGUGAAGAAAAAAACUUCAGAAAAUGAAUAUUCCUUUACCUGUUGUUUUUCUUACUCAAGCCUAUCAGUCCUGCUCCCAAAUACUGUCAUCUCCUGAAGGAGUUCAAAUGCAUGUUAACCUGUAAGAUAGAGACAGCUCUUCAGCAUAAAAGGUAUCACUUAAAAUCAACGUCCCCCUAUUCCCUAGAUACAUUGGGAUUAUUGUAACUCUAUUCCCAACCAAUAUUCUGACUUUCUGCUCUGCAAUUAAAAGAUGCAGAGCUAUAAAAAGGCACUUUAAUUUAAAGCAGAAAACAGGAACAUACAUUCCUGGAUCCCUGCCAGAAUUUUAAUUAUAGUCAACCAUUUCAUGUUAUUAGCCCUGGUUUAAUGGCAUAAUAGGAAGGUUAGCAGAGCAUAACAGUGAGGUGCUUACUUUGAUAACCCUUUAAUAAGUUUUCAAAAGAUGUGUCCCGUGAAAGCAUAUGGUAUCCUUAUCCAGGAGCAAGUAACCCAUGAGAACCUAGAUUAUUCUUGAAGUGGCCAUGUACAUCUAUAAUUAUAAAUUGUAGUGCCACUAGAAUUUUAUAGACAAAAGAUGUAACCAGGAAGAUUUAACUUCCAACUUUAAUAUUUUAAGUUGUGUGGACUUCAGCUCCCAGAAUACAUCAGCUGAGAAUGCUGGCUAGAACAUUCUGGGACUCAAAUCCCCACAUCUUAAAAUGGCUAGGGUUGGAAACACCAGUCUAAUGGCAAGGAAAUAAGCACAAACUAUUUUUAGAAAGAUGAGAAAAUGCAGGGUAAAGAAUACUAUUUUAUCCCUAUUAUUAUAAAAAAAAUGUUGAAGCCACCCAGAGUUUUGAAUGACUUUCACAAUGCACAUUUGAUUAUCUGUCUUUCCCUACCAAUAGUUAAUAGGGAGUAUCUAAUUUCUCUUCUCUUGCUUGGCAGCUCCUGUCUUGUAAUCUCUCGUAUUUCUUCUCUAACCUUCUUUCAACUUACCUUGUUUUUCCUUGUUAUGUACUAUUAUAAAGGCUGAAUGCUGAUUCUUAAAAAUACACUUAAUAGACUUAAUAAAGCUUGUAUCCCACAUAUGAAAGAGAAACAUGAAAAAUAUUCAAGGGGCUAUGAAUCCAAAGAGAUGUGAAAAAGAUUGGGAAAUAGAACUGUUUCAAUCUCUCUCAACACUUUAUAGUACAGCUUCGGAUAUGAACUUGUGUAAAAUGAGUUGAAUCUGUCUCUUGGCAGUAUGCAUUGAAUUUAGAGGUGAUUAGAUGACAGCUUUGGCAGCCAUGAAAUUUCAAAGCAUGCUGGCUAAGUUAAAGCUAAAGUACUAUAUUUUGGUUUUUGUUUUGGCUUAAAUUUAUGUUAAUUAAACCAUUAUGGCAUUUUUAUGAACCAGACCACCAUAGUUUAUUCUACAAGCCAUGGUUAAAAUUUAAAAGAAACCAAAGUUUAGCAGGAUGGAUGAACCCAUCCCAUAGCAUUAGCAUAAUGGCUAACCAAGUGUGCUGCUUCAGGUUUCUUUUUAAUUUCUUUUUAAAACAACAAAAGGCAAGAACGAGUAACUCUCCUAACUCCUGAAAUUCUUUCUCAUAUUAUAUCAUAUAGUAUCCUGUUCUCUAAAGUGGGAACUUACGGCAAAUUGAUGAUAGCUUGAUGGGAACUAUAGUCCCAAAACUCAUGAGGAAACUAGUUGAGGAUCUGUCACAAGUGAAUGAAACCUCAUUUUUUAGACUUGUAAAGGAAAAAAGGCUUAGCUUCUGCUCAUUAAAUCAGGCAAAUUAUUCUUGGUUUUGACUCAAACUUUUCAAUAUCUGAGUAGUAAGGAAUAAUAGUACUAAAUAGUUUGAUCCUGCAAUUACAGGCAGAAAGGCAUUGACAAAGAAAUCCUCUCAUUUCUCAAGACUUGGAAUUGUUUCAUAUGCACAGUUCUUUAAAAAAAGAUAUAUCAUGCAAACAGAGCUUCAGAAAAGUUCAAUGUGAUUAAAUACAUGUGCAUAAUCAGCAUUUUCAUUCAUCUUUAAUUCUUACAUUAAGGCACUUCUCAAGCAUGCUGAGGUUCUUAAAGAACUUAGAAAAAGAUUAUGCUUUUUCUGUUUGCUUUUCCGAAAUGGGGAAGAAAUCUAAAUGCUUUUGUUUUUUUAUCUUGGCUAUCCGCAACAAUUGACCUCCCAUAAUACGUUUUGUUUGUUAACAAACAUUUAGUCAAUGUUUGUUAAAACAAUUUCGGUAACUGCUUAUGUUACUUCCAGGAUCUCCUUAAAUAAAUAUAUCUUUGUAUUCUACUAUUCAGAAAGGAUAACACCUGCUUUCCAAAGUGGGAGAAAAAUAAUCACAGAAAAGCUUCUUUAAUGGGGAAAUAAUAUUGUGUCACAGAGGAACUGUUAGUACUGAUGUAUUUAAAGACACUCAUGUUGCAGUCAAUGAAACAGACUAACUUAAGUUCUGUAGUUUUCAAAGACAGAUGGCCACAGGUAACUUUAGUUACAAUGUAGGCUUUGAUUGCAUUCUCCUCCCGUCCUAUUUUUAAAUUUAAUUCAGUUUUCUUUUGCAAAGGCAAGAAUAAAGAUUAAUGAUCUUGUUAAGAUAUUUACCACAUGGCAUUGUGUAAUGAGUAUGAGAUAUGCUCUUUUCAAGCAGCACCUAAAUGCCUGCAUUUCCAGUGGUUUAUAGUUUAGGUAUCUGUAGUUGCUACUUGUGUUCCAACAUAUAUUUUGCCAUACAGUAUUAUAAUUAAAAAAACAUACACUAGGCUUAAAAAGUUUGUAUUUGCACUGAAGAAGGCAUAGGGAAGAUUAAUCGUCUCAUAGAUACCAAAAUGAACAGUUUAUAACUGGUUCUAAUGCUACUUUUUUGCCCAGUGUUUACUCAUUAAACCAGUCAAGUAAUGACUGCUACCUUGGUAAGAGGGAACAGAGGUAAUAUUUGUUAUCUGAAAACAUCAAAAACAAAAUAUAUGCCACCAAACUGUGUAGCAAAUGAACCUACCACUGAAACUUGGGAGUGGGGAAAAGAAGCUUGUAAUUAUCAGCGCUGAAAUAAAGAUUUUUUUAAAAAUGCA